CAUCAUCAAGCUAUCGCUCAUCAUCUAAACAUUUCUGUUAUAAACAGGCCAGCAGGAUCAGGCCCCUGAUGGCAACCCAUUAGAGCAGAGCAGGAAUUUCCUUUUGACCAGUCAUUUCCCUCCUGUAAAAGAACUGAACUCCUAAACUCAUUGACACAGCGACUUGGUCAAGGAAAAGCGAGACUUGGGACAACAAAAGCCCUGAAAACAGUUGAAAGCCCUGAGAGGUGUAAUCGCAGCUGAUCGAGGGACACCAACACCCACUCCCCUUUCAAAGGACAUCGCCACCCUACUACCACCGCCGCCAUGGGGGAAUGGAGCUUCCUGGGUGAUCUGUUUGAACACCUCCAGGCACACUCGCCCAUGCUGGGUCGCUUCUGGCUCUUCAUCAUGCUCGUGUUCCGCAUUCUGAUCCUGGGCACCGUGGCGUCUGACCUGUUUGACGACGAGCAGGAAGAGUUCUCCUGCAACACCCUGCAGCCGGGCUGCAAGCAGGUGUGCUACGACCAUGCCUUCCCCAUCUCCCUGUACCGGUUCUGGGUCUUCCACAUCAUCCUCAUCUCCACCCCGGCAAUGCUCUACCUGAUGUACGCCAUGCACCACGUCUCCAAGAAAAAGCCCUCCUCGUCCGCCGACGGCACCGCCUCCACCUGCAGCCAGGAUAACCCAGAGGAGAGGCGCCUGAGGCAGCUCUACCUGGUGAACGUGGCCUUCCGCCUGAUGGCGGAGGUGGGCGUGCUGGUGGGCCAGUGGUGGCUGUACGGCUUCAAGCUGGAGGCCCAGUUCCCCUGCAGCCGCUACCCCUGCCCGUACACGGUGGACUGCUUCACCUCCAGGCCCGCCGAGAAGACCGUCUUCCUGGUGUUCUACUUUGGGGUGGGCGUGGUGUCGGCCGCCUCCAGCCUGGUGGAGCUCCUCUACGCCGCCGUCAAGUGGUUCUGCCCCAGGAAACAGGGGCGGCGCGGCAUGCUGGAUAGGUCCUACGACUCUCAUAAGCUCAGCAACCUGCGGAAACAGGAGGAGGAGGCGAACCUGCGGUUUGUGGGAGGGGGGAAGUCGCUGUCCGACAGCGCGCUGAGCAGCGCGAGGAUGAAGACAGGCCCCGUGAGGAGCAGCGGUGCGAGGAAGACCUCCAGCGUCGGACACAAGACCUCCAGGCUCCCCAGCAGCCGGUCCUUCAUGGCGUGAGACAGGGCUGCGAUAAAUCAGAGCGAAUAUAGACAAAAAAAAUUCUUACUUUAUUAUUUAUUUUUAAAUCACUUUGAUGCCUUUGCCAGUGGUGCACCAUGCGAGAGGAUUACCAAACAGAUCUAGGCAGAUGCACUCCACUACAAAAUUACCCCAAUCCUUAUACAAUGGUCGAACCAAAAAUCGCAAUAUCACAAUGCGAUUUCUUUUUCUCCAUAUCGUGCAGCCCUAGCGUGAGAGGUCACCUCCCGGGCCCAGUCCUCAUAUGGGCUGCGGGGAACAUCGGGACCCCCGGCGAUUGUAAGAUCGGACGGCAAACGCUCUGACCGCUGAGCUACGGACUGCAGUCAUCCGGGUCCGUGGUUGUUGUGGUCCUAAAGCUUUGUGAGCGAGGUUUACCUUGGAGGAACAUACAUUUUACUCACCUCUAGUAUUUUAAUUAGGAGGAUUCUAGAGAGAGAGGGUCAGGGGGGUUAUAAUCGAUUAUGAUUAUGUUAAUUAACACAGACACAACACCCAAGGAAACCAACACUGGUCAGCUUUGUUGCGUAUCCCUGAUUACUGCACUGAAGGCCUGCUAAACACAGAUCACAGCACCUUACACAGUACCUCAGAGCCAGUCCUAGACCAGGAAUUCAUUGGCUGACUGAUGGAUUGAUUGAUGUGACGAGGCCGCGGAUUAGAGGUUUUGUCUGAUCCUCAUCCACGAACAUUGGGGACUGGGGGUUUAAACGUGACUAGCAAGCAAUGACUCCUUUGCUGCGCUAAUGAUGAGCCCUUUAUCUUUUCAUCAGUCCUGGGACAAGGAUGCAAUCAAGGAUAACUGGAUGCUUUUUAACUGAACAUCAUCCUAAGCAUGACUUGUCAUGUCAUCAAGUAAUUAUGGAGUGUAUUUGAAUUAUGGUGUACUUGAAAAACGCCUCUUUGAUUUUUUGGACACUUUGAACUGCAAAUUAGCAAUAUUUCGAUUUUUUGUAUAUAUUGAGUUGAAUAAAAAUGUAUCUAUAUGUUUGGUUAAUACUUUUGUUAAGCUGUAAUAAAUAAACUAUGUGGGUGGGAGAUUAAUGAUACAUUAUGAUCAUGAUUAUUUUGACGCCCAUAUUUAUGUAAUAUUUAUUACUUGUAUUUAUGACGCAUCCUAUUAAAUUGGUUGUGUGUACUGAACCACUCCUUGUGUUUUGAAAAAGUUGCGACAAUAAAACAAGGCCUUGGGUUCAAGUGUGAGUGUAAUAUGUCCGCUAUGUGGCAGCAGAGCUUCACACAAAAAUCCAGUCGCCGGCUGCUAA